GUCUUCUCUUUUUUGGCCCCUCCUUCCACUGCUCUCACUCUAGUGCCCCAUUCACAGUCUUCUCACGGACUCGGAACAAGUGGAAGGGAUGCGAGCCACGAGAAGAAGACGCACGGACACGUUUUCCCACGAAGUGUGCAUCACUGUUUAAAGAAGGUGAAUGAGACCAGGGCUAUCCGCUGGAAAGCUUUAUCUUCAGCCUUCUUCAGCCCACAAAUAUCAGGUGUCUAGUCUGCACAGAACAGAGUCAGCAGACUCUGACUGAAGAGAAGACAUAAUGUGUCAAGACAAUGGCUGUUUGAGAGUUUGCAGCAGAGGUUUGUAUAGCUGCUACUGGAGGAAGUCAAGCGACAAUAGUAGGAAAUGUUCAUGCUGCUGGUUUUCAGUUGUCACUGUGGUGUCCUUGCUCUCCUUGUGCUGGAUGUACAUUUGUCUGGUUACCUUUAAUGAUAGAGAGGAGGUUAACUCGGAGGCAUUCAGCAUUCUGAAACGGUGGGUGAACUGGUUCAUGGUGGUGAUCAUCAUUUCUGCAGUGUUAACCAUCUACUGUGUUCUGCUGCUGGUAUUUGCACUGAUCCAAAUUGCCUUAAGAGAACAACUAGAUUUACACAUGCUGCACAAGAUUUUCCUAUUUUUGGGUGUGAUAUUCAUCACUCUGCUAGUCAUAGGAAUAAGCUUGAAGUGGCAAACAGAAUGGCCAACUGUUCCUCUUUCACUCCAGGCAAUGGCUCCUUUCUUGCAGUUUGGUGCUGUUGGAGCCUUGACUCUCCUGAGCUCAUUUGUCUUUCAGGGCUUUCACAUGGCCAAUAAAGGAUCUAAGUUCCUGAUAGCAUUAGUAUUUCUAACUGUGUCAGCUGCCAUCUUCCUGUGUCCCCUGGUUAUCCGGUCGCCUUGUUUGAUAGAGCUGAAAGAAUUACCUAAAAAACCCAAACUCAUCGGCCACAGAGGCGCACCGAUGCUGGCCCCAGAGAACACCAUGAUGUCUUUCCAUAGGAGCAUCAAGUGCGGCGUGACGGCCUUUGAGACAGACGUGCAGCUCAGUAAAGACAGAAUUCCCUUCUUGAUGCACGACAAUAAAAGUGAGUUCUUGCUAAGAACGACAGAUGUUAAAAGCAACUUCCAUAACAGAAGCUUUGAAAAAAGCACUGAGCUGAACUUUGAGGAGUUACAAAGUCUGAAUGCAGGCAAAUGGUUCAUAGAGACAGAUCCUUUCCAAUCAGUGUCCCAGUUGUCCGAACAGGACAAGAAAACAGCCGAGAACCAGACUAUACCCUCAUUACUUGAGCUCCUUCACCUCGCAAAACAGUACAAUAUCUCAGUGAUAUUUGACCUUAAAAGUCCUGAUCAAGAGAACGAUACCAAAGAGACAGUGGAGACCAUCAAAAAAUCUGGGAUUGACCCAAGCCUGGUCCUCUGGCUUCCUCCAUCACAAAGAGAAUAUGUAAACAGAGCUGCUCCAGACUUUAUCCAGGUGUACAACAAUGAAAGUGAGAUGUCUGAAAAAGGAGGAAGUUACCUAAAUGUGAAAUACAGCAAACUGAGUAUGGAUGAGAUCAGUGAACUCCAGAGGAAGAAUGUCACAGUGAACCUGUGGGUUGUUAAUGAGCGGUGGCUGUUCUCUCUGCUGUGGUGUGCUGGGGCCAGCUCUGUUACCACUAACUCCUGCCACCUCCUAAAGGAUGUGAAGCAGCCUGACUGGACCAUGUCACCCUCUACAUACAGAAUGAUAUGGAUCAUGGUUGAUGUUGCAUCAUUUAUAUUAAUGAUUGUAUUGUACAUCUUCCAGAGAAAAAAAUCCUGCUCCUGUUGCAUAAGAGGGGGGCAAGGAAACACCAGGCCAGCACAGUAUACGAGAGAAAUGUCUCCUUUCUUACCUUCGUAAGUAACUUCGUAACUGGACGAACUUCAGCAGCAGAUGUUGCAGCCCGGAAGCUGUUCUACAACUUUUUUCUGCACCAACAUAGCAGAUUGGAGCGGCAUCAGGAAGAAAGUAAAUGUACUACUGCCACACACUUCAUUAAAAACACUUAAACUUGGAAUGUUUUUUUUUUUUUUUUUUUUUUACAGAUUUUAUAAAUUGUAAAUCAAAUAGCCUUACAAUGUCACUGGAUGGCCAAUAGUUGCAAUAGUUUACCUUUUAUAGAGUUUUUAUGUGUUAUUGUUCAUUUGUUGCUACUUCUUAUACAGCUCGUUUGACUUUAUGCGUGGUUGAAACAUACUGUUGUUCUGUGAUGUUUUCUCUCAGCACUUUAUCUUUUUUUAUGGAGUUGAAAAAAAUCAUUGUAUCAAGCACUGCAGAUGUCUAUAACCUGAGCAAAAUAAAAUGAAACUCAUUUUUGUUCUAUGCAUGUAACCCUCUACUGCACGCUGUACUCUCAGGGGAUGAACAAAGAGUUGAUAUUGAGCAGACUUACAUGUUAAGAAAGAAACAAUGACAUUGGAAAAGUUGUGUUCAUUUGGCCUUUGUGUGGUUUCUAUUAAACAAAUGUUUGAUAAGAUAGCUAUAA